AAUGCUCCUCAGGACCAAAUCCCUCCAUCUUUCCUUCCUCCUAAUUCACAUGGUCCAGGAAACACUGCAGCACCAGGACAUCACUCUUCAGCUUUACAUCAACCACAUCCAGUAUCUGGAGUCCACAGGGGCCCAACAGUAAAUGAAAUCCAAACUGAUCAUAAUUCAAAAUCCAGGAACUCGUCAGAGUCCAAUUACAAUGUUGCUCAUGUUCCUCAUGAUCAGCCUGUGUCAUACAAUGCCCCCGGAGACAGAAUGAUGGGUAACAUGCAUCCUGGUGCUUUUGUUGUGGAUCAUGGUAGUGUUCAACAGCAGCAGUGGUCCCCACGAAUGCCCAAUCCAAUGUCUCAAAAUCAAAUGUAUACAUCUCAUCAAGGCUAUCCAGGAAAUCAACCAAUGAGACCCACAGCAAUUCACAGUAUUCACCAGUCAGCUCAUGUCAGGCCGCAAAUUGUGCAUGGUAUCAGACCUGAUAGGGGAAUGGAGGUUAUUGACUUGACAAAGGAGCCACAGAUAUCUAAACCGGAUAUGCAGAGACAUAUACCAGGGAAUCAGCACAUAUCUGGAGGAAAUGAACCUCCAAGUGGCCCAAAAGAUGAGACUGAGAGUACUGUCCAGCGAGAAUUAACAGCAGCUUUAGCCAGGAGACAGGGGACAGGUUUUGAUCAACAGCCACAGCCACAGCCACAGCCACAGCAAAUGGUUAGAAGGGACAAUAUACCCAAUAUUGCACAUUAUGGUCCAAAACCGUAUCCUGUCCACAACCCUGUUAGUCCCCAAGGAGUGCCUCAAGGACAGCAUUCAAGUUCUUUGUAUCCUCAUCAAGGACAUGCUCAUGCUGGUAAUCCAAUGUCAUCACUGACAGAUGCACCAUAUGCCUCUAUGCAAAAUAGGCAAUCAACAGCAGGAGCUCAAUAUAGGAUGCAGGAACCAACAAGUGUGAAAUCAGCAUUGUUGUCAUCAGGGCCAAAACCAAUGAUGUCUGCACCUAAUUACGCAAUGAAUACCUCAACACAAGCUCCCUCUUAUGCAACACCACAAUACCAGCAAAGAACUACGGAGAAGGCUUCUCAAAUGGUUGAAAGCUACCAGAGGAUGCCAGAGAAAGGUUCUAUUAUGCCUGGCCAAGUUCCACAUCAACAACCACAAUCAUCUUAUGCUGAUCACUUAAAUAGAGGUGGCCCAGCAAUGACAAAUCAAUACAAACCUCCUCAGCAACCUGUGGCAUGGAGGCCUCAAGUGCCAACGUCAGUUUCCAAUGUACCAAUGUCCAUUGAGAAGCAGCAGCACAUGAUGAUGAUGGCUCGCAAGAGUCAAUGGCAACACUAUUCCCAAGCACAGAAAUACCCAAUGUCCCAGAAGGGUGCUAACCCUGCCAUGUCAUCUAGUGGACCUUCUCAUGCCAUGCAAGCAGGGGUACCACCAUUAUCUCAAAGUGGUGGCUCAAACUAUGCAAUGGCACCUUCAUCACAGAAUCAGGAACACAGCAUGCACAUGAGAGCAGCAUUGCAUAAUAUGAGGAUGAUGCAACGUGGACCUGCUCCAGGCUCAGGCCCUGUGCCAGGACCUAUGCAGGCAAAAAUGCAACAGACAAUGCAGCAAGGAUAUCCCCGUGAAUCAGGAAUGCUAGCACCUGGGCAAGGUGCUGCACCAGCAUUAAUAGAGUUUCAGGAACAAGAUAACCAGAGAAGAAUGCAACAGGUGGCAAUGACACAGCCUCCUCCAAGACUUCAUCAGUUUAAUGGUUCCUGUGUAGUGUGUGGUUCUUUGGCCAUGUAUCUGUGCUCAAGUUGUCGAAUGGUGUGGUACUGUAGCCAGACAUGUCAGAACAAUCAUUGGAAGCGACAUGGUCCGGAGUGUAAGCCCAUCAAAGCCGGACUUCCUGGACAAUUAUAGUUACAAUGAAAUGACUUCUAUAUGUCACAUGUCAAUCAUCCUGAGAUUAGUGCCUUGCCAUGUCACUCGGUGAAAUCAUCUGGGUGGUUUUCUAUGAUGUUUACCACUGGGAAAUGCUUAGUUUGGUGGUGGUUGUGUUGAUUCAUUUAGUUCAAAUUUAUAUGAAUUAUCACAAGUUAGGUUUUAGAAUUGGAACUAGAUUAUAUUUGGUAUCCUGUGAAUUUUAUGAAAUUGUAUGAAAUACACACACUACACUUAAAUGUUGACUUUGUAAAUAUAGCACUUACUUGUGAAAUGUAUGACGUGAGAAUGGAUGUUAUGUGAAAUUUAGAUUAUGAUGGUGUGCAAAUGUUCAUAUUCUUAGAAUCAGGAACAUUUGAUUAUAUCUUACAUGUUUGAACCAUGCUUUGGAAUGUUGUAUGUAAAUAAUUAAGUUAUAUCAUGUCAUUAUCAUACCAAAAGAUAGUCAGCUUGAUUUGAGUGACAUUUCGAAUGUCUAAAUAGAAUAACAUUAUUUAGAAGUAACAUCAAAGUCACGAUAUAUGUAGCAAAGCUAAAAUGCAUUUUACCAGUGAAUAAAAUUGUUAAUUGGGAAAGGAUGCAGAACAAUAAUUAGAAAUUUCAACAGUCAAGGCAAAUGGUUUUCAAUUAUUUAGAUACUAGUAUUACUCCUACUCUAAAAGUCCUUCGGUCUUUGUAAAAGUGAGCAUGGACUGUUUUCUCUUGGUAAGAUUUGACAUACUUUUGCGAUAUUAGUUUUGUCAAAUGUCUGUUAAAGUAUACAAGGGUUCAGUGUUGACAUUGACAUUUUGAUGGCAUGAGGACUUGUAUCUAACUUUAAUUCAUGGUAUAAUUGAUCUCUUUAAGAUGUAUGGUAUACGGAGAUAAUUUCAUUAGAUAUAAUUCAAUCACGGAAUGUGGUUCUUAUUCUAAAGUGUUUCCCACAUUUUAAAUACAUUUUAGGGUAGUUUAUCAUUCAUGUAUUGCUUGCUUCCUGAACUUUAGACUGGGUAAACAAUAUAUCAAACAAGAAAGAUAUUGGCCAACAUAUUUUCUCUCACUGAGAAUGUGAUAAAACAAUGUAUGAUAUCGUUGUAUUCUUAAGGUAAUUAUGUUCACAACUUAUAGGAUAACUAUAUCAUUAUUGAACUCUGAAGGAUCAGUUAUAUUCUGUAUAAUUUCUUUACCCUUAUAUUACGCUUUUAAGGCAGCCAGGCUAUUUCAAAUUAUGCAGAUUUAUUUUCUUAUUUUCUAUUAAAUUGUGGGCAUUGCUCUUAGCUUCUUGCCUUAUUUUUUGUAUGUUUUAUGACAUUGUAUUUAUUUAUUGUAGAGGUUAGAUUAGAAUAGAAAAGUAUGUACUAAGCAACGAAAUGAGGCAGAAUAUUACUCUAUGCGUAUUAUGCAAUCUAAAAUGACUGUAAUGUGAUGCCUUAUAUGAAGUUUUAGCUAGAAUGUCUGAGUGGAGAAAUUUUGUUCUAUAAAACUGUUUAUAAAUACCAAAUCAUGUUAACUGUUGAUUGUUCAUACCCUUUUCUAUGUAUGCACAGGUAUAUUUGUGUUUUGUAGUUGUUACACUUUUACCUGAUUUUAUGGGGCAUAACUUUUAGCAAUUAUUCAAACAUGUUUAAUGCAAAGUCAGUUUCUUAUUUUCAGAUUUUAUUUAUGUCAUAUGAUCUUUAAAAAUUCCUGAUUUGCAAAUGUUUUUUAUUUCAAAGAUAAAUUUAUUUGAAAUUCUGCAGAUGCCACAACACAGUUAUUUUGAACUAACAGGUCAUUGUAGCAGUGUGAUAAAAGAUUUGUUGUUAUUUUGUUUAUUAUCUAUUAAGUAUUACUCUUUCAUGUUAGAGAAAGCAUAAUGUUUUGUUUCUUGAUAGUUAUUUUAUUCAAUAUGUUGCAGUAUUAUUUUGAACAUAGAAUGUUGAAAUAUUGAGACAGUUAUCUCUAUAAUAUAUACUGUUCUUGAAAAAAGUGAUCUUGUAGUGAAAGCCAUAUAAUAAAAGAGGUAUUUAAUUCUAAUUAUAGAUGUAAUUAAUUUAUCCAAAGGUGCCAACAUUGGAAUCAGUUUGGAAACUUUCUACUUCACUUCUACAUCUGAUAAUCCAGUGAAGUAUGGAGACAUGUAUGGAGGUUUAAGGAUGUCUGAUAUCAGUACAAUCAAAUCAAUGUCAUAGUAUAAUACAUUGAUACAUAUAUUUCAAUCCAAUUGGUAUUUGUUUUUCAGCAAUUCAGCAAUUGAGCAUGUUAUUUCACAUGUAUAUAGACAUUGAUAUUCUGAUGUGGUUCCUAUUUUAUAUCUUAUGCCCAAAACAUCGUCCACAUCUUGGGUGUUCAUGUGGACUAAUGCUGAAUUUUAAAUCUGGGAUAACACAUGUGUGACUGUGUGACCUUGAAAGCAAGGACUAUAAGUGUAAAAGCUGAAAACAUGCUGAUCUAGUUUCAUACAAAGCUCAUACAUUGAGGAAAGGAUGGAACAGGUUUCCAUUAAAAUAUGUCAUGAUACAUGUUUGUUUUCCUCAACCUUAGCCCACUUGAAGAAAGGAUGACAGUUUUUGCAACAUGUCAAGGUGAUUGUUCUCUAUCUAAGUCUGUUAAGCCCAUCAGAAAAGAACACAAAUGCCUGUUUUACAUACCAUUCAAUUAUAGAGUGAUAUGUGUUGAGGGGUGUGUUAUAUACAUACAUGUAAUCAUAGAUGCAUAGGUAUGUACAUUCAAACGUACAUACAUAUGUCCUUGCAUUCUACAGAUGUGUUAGAUUUCUGUUUUUUGAUUCCUUGUAUGUGUGUUUGUCCCAGCAAUCGCCAAUAUAAAGACGAAAGAAUAUAGAUCACAUCAACAACCACAGGAUAGUGAUCGUUGACAGAUGAUGUUCAAUUUUUGUUGCAUUUCCUUUAAAUGGUCAUGCAUUUGAAAGCUUUUGGACCAAACCACACGAAACUUGCAGGACCAGAAACAAAGCAGUUGUGACACAUACCUGACAUAUAGAGGAAAUGAUUGCUCUAUGUGACAAGUUUACUGUAUAGCCCCAAGCUUACAUUCCAAACUAUUAAUAUAUGAAUGUUAUUUUUGUUGUCAGAUGUUUAUAUACUGUCAAAUUCUCAAUAUAAUGGGUCGUUAUUGCUUUAUUAAGUGCACAGAAAAGGCACCUGUAACCCUGUUCAUGUACAUACUCUAUUUUAGGGCAUUUCCAUGAGAUAUGUUGCAGAAUGUACAGUAUAUUAUCCUAAUUGUUCAAGUGUUCUCUUUGCCUGUGCCCAUAUUCUGUGCUGAGGUUUCCCCUGUAAAUACCCUGAAGUGCUAAAUCCAUUUAUUGUGCUAAUUCUUUUUCUUUUGAUUAUAUCAAAUCCAUGCAUUAUCAUGUGAAAGUUAUCAUUGUACAUAGCAUCCAAGAAUAAACUGCUUAUACGCAUAAAUUGUAAUAAAUCCCAUUCCAUUGUGGCGAAAUGUCACAACAUAUUUAAGUUUUUACAUUUGCAGUAAAGUUCAUCAUUAUAGUAUCAUCACUGGUAGUUAUUUUUGUACAUUUUGUGUAAAAUAGUGCAUAAUUCAUUGCUGCUCAAUUGUUCUAAAUGAUCGUAUUUUGUAAUGAGUUUUUGAUAUCAUCGUCAUGAAUUAAAAUAAGGAAAUUACCCAUU